CCCCAGAUGUUAACCCCUUCCUGCCCAGUGCCAGUACAGUGUCAGUGCUUUUUAUUAGCACUGAUCACUGUAUUGGUGUUACUGGGGAUGUCAGUGACAGUUAGUCAGUUUCCUCCCCUCAGAAUGCCUGCUGCAGUAUCGCUAUAAGUCGCUGAUCGCCACCAUUACUAGUAUAAAUUUUUUUUUUAAUUCCAGUAUCUAUACCGCCAUUUGUAGACGCUAUAACAUUCGUGUAAACCAAUACAUUUACACGUAUUGGGAUUUUUUUUUUUUUUUUUUUUUUUUUAGCAAAGACAUGUAGCAGAAUACA